UAUGAUACCCCAUGUAUAACUAUUAUAAAUUCAUGUGUACGAUAUGAUACCCUAUUUAUAACUAUUAUAUAUAUACAGUAUACGUACGUAUGUACAGUGUAUAUACAUAUAUGUAUAGCAUAUAUGUAUAGCGAUAAUACUAGUUCAGUAUUUCUCUAUUCGCCAGCAGUAACCGGCAAAUGGACGAUUAUCUCCGCUAACGAUCUGCUUCACUGAGUAAACCCCCUAUAAACGUAUACGGUGUUUGAAGCGGGAAGCGACGAGGUUGAAGAUGACUGAGUGCUUCAUUUUUUCUGAUUUAAUAUGACAAAUUAACGUGGGUUUAUUUUAUUUUCAAAUCUGUGUAUUCAUUUGACAAUGCUGUGGCGGAGACACAUCUCACCUGAUCCUCUACAUCCGUAAGAUUCGCGAUUCAGCAGGAAAGUAACAAACAGUUUGUAUUGCUCAGGCAGUUGAUGAUUUUAACCAGUGGUGGAGAAUGUGUGAUCUCGUACACAGGAAUUUAUAAAUACAGGGACGAGAUGGCGUCACCAAAUACAACAGAGAACAAACUAGUUCCGGUGUGUUAUCAAUGGAUGCAGGACACCUUGGACAAACCUGACGUCACACUUGUCGACAUAAACAACAAACUUAUCCUACGCUUCAUUGGGGGUAUCACCUUCCUCGCCAUCAUUUGUAUCGUUGGACUCAUCGGGAACAAUCUGGUUAUCUUCAUCUACUUUCGACGUUUCCGGAAGUCAAACUACCGGAUAUACGUUCUUUGGCUUGCCAUUCUUGAUAUUGUUAACUGUACCGUCAGCGCCCCUCUUGUUAUUAUAUAUAUGUUAUUUCCGGUAACAUUUCCGUCGGACAUAUUUUGUAAAGUUUUUCGAUUUAUUUUGUACUUCCUGUCGAUGAUGUCCACUUCCGCUUUGGUUGUCAUAGCAAUAGACAGAUGUCGGAAAGUUUUACAUCCACUUCGACGCCAGAUAUCGACAAAUCAAGCGAAGUUUUUAUGUUUUAUCAGUGUGAUUAUCUCUCUUGCACUGUCAUGGCCGGCUCCGAUUCUGUUCGGACUGAGUGACGUACAAACUGGCGUCCCUGGAUUGACAGGUUUCCGGUGUAUUACAGCCAACAAAUACAAGAAGACGUUAUAUAUGAUACUGUAUAGCUCAGUUACCUCCCUUUAUUUUAUAGCCGUUACUACCUCACUGAUCAUUGUGUACACUCUGAUUGGUCGACAGAUAUUUAAACAUAAUGUCUUCCGGUCAAGUAUGCGCAAAAUGUCGUCUUUGAGCACAGACUAUGAUGAUUCGCCGAGGAGAGGAAGUAAAGCAUCCUCUAAUGGCUGCGCAAACUACAGUGUGCGCAAGACAACGUGGACAUUGGGCGUUGUGACAAUAGCGUACAUAUUAAGCGCGCUUCCUCACCAUGCGCUGGCGUUAUUGUAUUUUCUCUCGAAGGAUUUAGACUGUAAACUUGAUCUCCUGGAGUCCCAGUUUUAUUACACUUUCAUAUGGUCGUACUUCGUUAACAGUGCCAUCAAUCCCUUUAUCUACGGAUUUAGAGACAAGAAAUUCAGGAAGGAAGUGAAACUAAUUUAUAGCAAAAGUUAAACAAACAUGUACAAAAAAAAAUGUGCAUUGAAUUGAUUCCAGUAUUCAUAGAAAUGGACAGAAUAAACAAUAUAAUAUAUUGUUAACAUCCGGGCCACCAAGGGUAACUAAUACAAGCUGAAAUAACCUGUUUCAUAAUUGUUGUAUACUUAAGAAGUAUAAAAUACUCUAGUGUAUGGAUAAACUAUUGUAACUCAAAGGAAAAAAUCCAGGAAAUUAUCUGGACAACACGAAUGCACCCAAAAUUAGUUUGUGUAUAUCUAUAGCAACGGCGAAGUUGCAUCAAUGUAUGUUUUUUUUCUUUUUAUUCAUUGUACCACGGAAUUAGAUUAGAUCUAAGUCCGUGAUUGUACUAAGUUUUAGAUUUAUUGUUUUGAGAUUUAUUAAAACCUGUUGGACAGGAAAUCUCCAGAAAAAUUACAACAAAUUUUGUUUUAAAAGGUGACUCUGUCCUUUGUCACAUAGCUGACUGACCUUUGUAUAAAUUCUGAUCAAGAUAAAAAAUAAAAUGAGUUCGGCUAAAGAGAUGACACUGAAUUGGUUUGUUGACGUAUUUCUAUAAAUAGUUACAGUAACCUUGACCUUUGGAUCCAUGUAACACAAUUUGACAGAUGUAUUAUCAUAAUAAAUCAUUAUCAUAAAGCUUGAUUUUAUAUCAGAAUCUGUUUGGAAAUAAUGUCGCUAGUGAUGACGCUUUAGAAACAGUGACCUCGACAUUGGAACCAUAAAAUAUCAACGCAUUCCAUAAACUCUUAUUACAAUUCGCUAGGAAAUUACUUAAGAAGAAUGUGGCCCCCUUUGAAUGGCAGCACAUAAAACAUUUUCUACCACAAUACGAUGUGUUAUUCCACUCUUAGAUCAUUGUAUAAACACGCUGACUGUUAUAU